AAAUAACUCUCUGUCUAUUGUCUUUCAUCUUUUUCUAAUUAUUGUAUCAUGUCCUGGUUCCAACGCAAAGGCAAACAAGCCGCUCACGCAAUUCCACCUCCUCAAUGGGCGCCUGCACCAGAAACAUCUCAUGUUUUCGGUCUCUUGCACGAAGCUACGGACGACGAAUACACAGCAGCAGAGAAAUUCUGCGCAAACAAUCCUCCAGAAGCCCCGAGACUGCUCCCCUCAGAUGUCGUUGACAGAAUCGCAGCUGAGGGUUGCAGAGCCUGGGGCAUCGUUACCCCGCCUAGAUCACGUUUCGCUGGGCGGGUACAGAACGAUAGCAAGGGAGGACCGGGAGUGGUCAGGGUGGUCACAGACACUGCUUGUCAGGACACAUGUCUGUUGAGCGAUCUGCCUUUGAUGGCAGGUCUAUAUGACAUUCAAGGCAAGACGGGUAUGUACUACGAAAUAAAGAUUAAUAGGAUGGACGGGAUCAUAGCUGUCGGUACCUCCUGCCGACCUUAUCCCUCUUGGAGACUUCCAGGAUGGAACAGACUAAGCGCGGGCUUACAUCUCGACGACCUUCGUAAAUUCUUCGAAGACCCCGACGGAGGAAGAGACUACACUGACGCACUCAGUCGCAUCGUAUCUGGAGACACCAUCGGGUGUGGCUACGAAUUCUCCACCAGCAGUAUAUUCUUCACGUAUAACGGUUACCGACUACCUCCCGCUUUUACUGGGGUAUAUCUUCCCAGACAUCGUCACGAUGUUUACGCCGCUAUCGGUGUAGAGGGUCGCAACGAGUUUGAGGUGAAUUUUGGUGGUGAUGUGUUUCGGUGGAAGGAGGCGAAUGAGUGGCAAUGGAGAGUCGAAGGACAUGUUGGACGCUUGACUGGGUCUUCUGGGAGCGCAGAUGAUGAGUUACCUGCUUAUAGCGUCGUCCAGUGAUACAGCCGGUUGUUUUUGUCCGCUAGAUUACAUCGUAAUUUGCACGAUAAUAUGCGCAUUAGGGUUCUUCAACCCAUACGUAAUGUACCACCCACGACGAACCGAACAAGGGAGCCGAAGGGUAUUGUAUAUAUAAUACACUAUCAUUGUUUCCCAUUUUAUGAUCUAGUCGCCAAGAAUCCUGUACCACAGAUGAACACAACAAUUGUCCAGUCUGCAAUUUCGUGGUUCAGAUCUACCUCAUCGGGUCAAAUAUCAUCAGAGGCAUCGAUGGAAAACGCGUCAAAGUCGCUUGAGUCCACUGAACCGCGGUGGAAAGAUUCCCUCGAAAACGCUAUAGAAAAGACAAAUAACAAGUAUUCAGUUUUGCAACCAUUGAAGACGGCAGCCCUCGUAAUCGUUCUAUCACCCUUAGACAAUUCCUCGUGCCGAAAAAAGCCUCUUCCCUUCCCCUGAUCGUCUGCACAGCAGAUGUACGAUCACCCAAAAUCGACCAAAUCACAAGCAAUGCAGAAAGCGAAUCUAUCUUCUGGUUUCUAGACAUAUUGGAGCAGUACCGAAUCAGGGGACUAGUGGCCGUCAUGCCUCACCCAUCUCACCCACUUCACUCGCAAUUCCCGAGCACCAGAGGCCCUGCGUUACAAGCUUUAAAAGAUGAGAACUUUGAUUGGGAAGCUUUUCGUCUCGAGGUAUUCA